AUGAGCAUCCCGCAGCAGGAUUUGCAGCAGUUACGUGAAUUUCUCAGUGUUUACAACAUUUUAACGGAGAAGUGCUUUGGAUCUUGCAUCCGUGACUACAACUCCCGUAAUUUGACCGAGGCCGAAGACAACUGUGUAUCGCGAUGUAUUGACAAGCAAAUGCGAGUCAAUCGUCGUCUUAUGCUAGUAUUCGCGGAACAGGCACCAAAGAUUCUUUUCAAGCAAGGAGAACCCACGCCUACUGAUCUUGUGAGAGCUGGGACAAAGGCUGCAAAAGAAGCAAGUAUGAGUAUAGUAUCUGAACACGGUUUUCGCCUUGAUGGACGCCGUCCACAUCAGAUACGUAACAUUAGCGCAUCUCUUGGCACCAUUCGUGAUGCAGAGGGCUCAGCUUACUUCGAGCAAGGAGGAACUAAGGUUUUGUGUGUUGUUUAUGGCCCUUACGAAGGCAAAAGGUCGAAGCAGUUAGAAGACCGUUGCGUUAUCAACUGCAUAUUCAGUAUGACACGAUUCGCUGGGGUGGAGAGAAGGCAGAGGGUUCGAGCGGAUCGAAAGUCCAUGGAGAUAGAGCGGUUGAUUGAGAAGACUUUUGAAGGAGCCGUACUAACCCAUCUUUUUCCCACCUCCCAGAUCGAUAUCUACUGCCAGAUUCUUCAGAGUGACGGUUCGCAUCUUGCUGCAUGUGUCAACGCCGCCUCGUUAGCUAUGUCAGACGCUGGCAUACCUAUGAAAGGACUUGUUGCUGCAGCAACAUGCAGUAUAGUUGAUGGUCAACCUGUGGUGGACGUGAAUCAGAGGGAAGAAACCGACAUUCUUCCUCGUCUAACGCUUGCUACGUUGCGAGGCGAGGAUGAGGUAGUGCUCGUUGAGCUUCAGAAUCGAGUUCACGUUGACCAUUUACCUGCUCUCAUGGCGGCUGCAAAAGAUACAUGCAAAGGAGUUCACGAAUGUAUUUGUGCAGUCAUUGUUGAUCGUUUGCAUAGAGGAGCAUAUUUCCAUCGCUAG